GUUCGUCUUAGUUGUGUCACUAAGAGACAGCACAGUCCUUUGUUGUAAAGUGGAACAUGGGGCUGGAGAGACCACAGAGGUGUUGGUGCAAAAAGGUUUCUUCCGAUAAAAUCACGUGUGUGUCCAAAUAAAGGAUUGCAUGUGUGUCUUCAGGCCACGUGUUCAAGAUUUUUGCUUUUGAUGGUAAUGACUGCGGUAAACUGUGUACUACAUGUACUUGUUGUUGGAAGGAUCACUUGCGUGGAGACAGGCUGGUUACUGGUCCCCACUAUCCCCAGAAGAGCUGAUUUAUGAGAAAGCAAGAUAUGGCCUAUCCCCCGUCGCACACCACCCAAGUGGUUUCAGUGACCACAGCCAACCAGGGCAUCUCACCAUGGAGCACUGGCCUUUGUGACUGCUGCAGUGACAUGGGCACCUGCUGCUGUGGUCUAUGGUGCUUCCCCUGCAUGCAGUGUCAAACUGCCGGGGACCACGGCUGGUGCUGCGCCAUGCCUCUGCUGGACUUCUGCUGUGUGGUGUCGUGCCUGCUCCGCUCCUCCAUCCGAGAGCGCCAUGGAAUCCCUGGCUCUUUCUGUGGCGACUGCUGUGCCUUAUAUUGGUGUUACCCCUGCGUGUGGUGCCAGAUGAAUCGAGAGGUGAAGAUUCGUAGGCGUUCGCCUGCCACCGCCACCGUUGUCACCACUCAGGUGACUGGCUAUUAGGCCACAACUCUUCAACAUCUAUUUUGGUUAAGACGUAGUUUCAAUAGAGUCAAGUUCAAAGCCAAAUGGGAAGUAUAUGGUUGCACAGCAUUUCAUUGUCUUAAAAAAUGUGUCCUUGCUGUAGCGAAGUUCUUAUUGUUGGUCAAAAUAUUAGUACUAUUUGUUCAAUUUUAGUUGUUUUUGACAGACUUUAACUGUUUUCAUACAAAAUUUGUAUCUCUUGUUCUAUCUGUCAAUAAAAUAUAUAUUUUU